AUGGCAGCCCUCGCUGGAGGGCGGUGGGCACUUGGGGGGGAUGGGACUUGGGGUGCCCAGCCGAGCACCCCACGCUCUGCCCUGCAGUGCUGGGAGGUGCGGAAACGCAACAGCUCCGAGUGGUGCCGCUUCAUCCGGAGCAACCCCGACUGCCGGCUGGACGGUGGCUUCCUUGACUACCUCGAGGGGGUCUUCUGCGUCUUUCCCCCCCGGCUGCUCCCCCUGGCCGUCACCCUCUACGCUCUCUGGCUCCUGUACCUGUUCAUCAUCCUGGGCGUGACGGCGGAGAAGUUCUUCUGCCCCAACUUAUCGGCCAUCUCCACCAACCUGAAGCUGUCUCACAACGUGGCAGUCUUUUCCUUGAUGUUCCCUCUCCAUGGUGUCACCUUCCUGGCCUUUGGCAACGGGGCACCAGAUGUCUUCAGUGCCGUGGUGGCCUUCUCCGACCCGCGGACGGCAGGGCUGGCCAUCGGGGCCAUCUUUGGCGCCGGCGUGUUCGUGACCACGGUGGUGGCCGGGGGCAUCGCCCUGGUCAAGCCCUUCACGGCUGCCUCCAGGCCCUUCCUCAGGGAUGUCAUCUUCUACAUGGUGGCCGUCUUCCUCACCUUCAUGAUCCUCUACUUUGGCAGGAUCACGCUGGGAGAGGCUCUGGGUUACCUGGGGCUGUAUGUGUUCUAUGUCUUCACCGUGGUGCUCUGCACCUGGAUUCACCGGCGGCAGCGGGGGGAAGGGCUGGCCCCCCCUGCACCCUGGGAGCCAGAGAUGCCGACGGAUGCUGAAGAGCAGGAGUCCUCGGGCACAAACAGCGGGGACUAUGGUGAGGAGUACCGGCCCCUGCUCCCCUCCCGAGAGACCUCCCUGCGCAUCCUCACCACUGCCCUCAGCCCCUUGGACUACCGCAAGUGGAGGAGGAAGCCCUGGUACUGGCGGCUCUUCAAGGUCUUCAAGGUGCCCGUGGAGCUGGUGCUGCUGCUCACCGUUCCCGUCGUGGACCCUGACAAGGAUGACCUGAACUGGAAGAGACCCCUCAACUGCUUGCAUGUCCUCACCAGCCCCCUGCUCUGCAUCCUCACCCUGAAGUCAGGAACCUAUGGGCUGUACCAGAUCCAGGGCAUCUUCCCAGUCUGGGGACUGGUCACACUGGUUGGCUCUUUCCUGGCCAUCAUCACCUUCAUCACCACAAGCAACGAGGAGCCGCCCAAGUACCACUGCGUAUUUGCCUUCCUCGGGUUUUUGGCCAGUGCCAUGUGGAUCAACGCCGCGGCCACGGAGCUGGUGAACAUCCUCCGGACCCUGGGCAUCAUCUUCCAGCUGAGCAACACCGUGCUGGGCUUGACGCUGCUGGCCUGGGGCAACAGCAUUGGCGACACCUUCUCUGACCUUACCAUGGCACGGCAGGGCUAUCCGCGCAUGGCCUUCUCUGCCUGCUUCGGGGGCAUCAUCUUCAACAUCCUGGUCGGCGUGGGACUCGGCUGCCUGCUGCAGAUGACCAGCAGCCAGCUGGUGGUGAAGCUGGAGCCCGACAGCCUCCUGGUCUGGAUCCUCGCCGGGGCCCUGGGGCUGAGCCUGGUCUUCUCCUUUGUGUCGGUGCCAGCGCAGUGCUUCCAGCUGGGCAAGGCCUACGGCGUCUGCCUCAUCCUCUACUACCUGGCCUUCCUCUGCGUGGCCCUGCUGACCGAGUUCAGGGUGAUCCAUCUCUCCGCCGUCUGACCGGCCCCACCGCUGGCGGGAGAUGCACAUCCAUCCCUGGCUCUCGCUCUGCCUCGCCGCCGGACUGGGGCCUUGCUGUCCCCUCUCCCUG